GCUGAUUGCGGUGGCGCGUUUUGCUAUCCGCGCCUCAGCCACUCUUACCUGCUCCCUCCUCGUCGACGUCGUCUGUGCGAUGGCCGAGAUUCACGACCAGUUCGAUACCAUCCUCAUCCUAGACUUCGGUUCCCAGUACAGUCACCUAAUCACUAGGAGAUGCCGUGAGCUCAACGUCUAUGCCGAGCUCAUGCCAUGUACCCAAAAGGUCAAGGCACUCAGCUGGAAACCUAAGGGCAUUAUCCUGUCGGGAUCGCCUUAUUCUGUAUACGAUGACGAUGCCCCACAUGUCGACCCCGAUGUCUUCGAGCUGGGUGUGCCCAUUCUGGGCAUUUGCUACGGCCUCCAGGAGAUUGCAUGGCAGUUGAAGGGUAAAGUAUCGAAGUGCGAUCACCGAGAGUACGGAUUCGCGCAGAUUCAAGUAAACAAGACUGGCUCCGGUGUACAGUCAGUGGAUGCUCUCUUUGAAGGACUCGGCGAAGAGAUGCAGGUUUGGAUGUCGCAUGGCGAUCAGCUCUCUGAGCCUCCGACGGACUUCCACGUAAUUGGCCGCACCAACACUGCUCCCUUCGCCGCACUCGCGCAUAACAGCAAGCCGCUCUACGGCAUUCAGUUUCAUCCCGAGGUUACUCACUCUCCCAAAGGCAAGGAGGUGAUCGGCAACUUCGUGUUGAAGAUCUGCGGCUGCGAGGCGAAGUGGACAAUGGAAGAGUUCAUUGGCAAGGAGAUCGCACGAAUCAGGCAAAUUUGUGGACCGAAGGGUCGUGUCAUUGGUGCAGUCAGCGGUGGUGUUGACAGCACUGUAGCUGCGAAGCUCAUGCAUGAGGCCAUUGGAGAUAGAUUCCACGCUAUCAUGGUUGAUAACGGCGUCCUCCGUCUCAACGAAGCGAAGCAAGUCCACACGAUGCUGAAUCGCGACUUGGGCGUGAAUCUGACGGUCGUCGAUGCUUCCGAGCUAUUCUUUUCGCGGCUUGCGGAUGUCGAGGACCCCGAGCAGAAGCGUCGCAUUAUCGGAAACACGUUCAUCAACGUUUUCGAGGAAGUCGCAGCGAAGAUCGAGGCUGCCGCGGAGGCAGAGGAGCGCGUAGGUGGCGAGCCUAAGGGCAAGAUCGAGUGGCUGUUGCAGGGCACGCUCUACCCGGACGUUAUCGAGAGCAUCAGCUUCAAGGGCCCGAGCGCGACGAUCAAGACUCAUCAUAACGUCGGUGGCCUCCUGAAGGACAUGAAGCUCAAGCUCAUCGAGCCUCUGCGCGAGCUCUUUAAGGAUGAGGUCCGCGCCCUCGGCCGCCUCCUCUCCAUCCCUGCGCCGCUCGUGCAGCGACACCCAUUCCCAGGUCCUGGCCUCGCUAUCCGUAUUUUGGGUCCUGUAAACCGCGAACAGGUACAGAUCCUGCAGAAGGCAGAUGCCAUCUACAUUGAGGAGAUCCGCGCGGCGGGCCUGUACGAACAAAUCAGCCAGGCGUUUGCGGUGCUCUUGCCUGUGCGCGCUGUUGGCGUCAUGGGCGAUAAGCGCACGUACGAGCAGGUCAUCGCACUGCGGGCGGUCCAGAGCGAGGACUUCAUGACAGCAGAUUGGUUUAUUUUCCCGGCGGAUGUGCUGAAGAAGAUCUCGUCGAGAAUCACGAACGAGGUCGCAGGUAUCAACCGCGUCACCUACGACAUCUCGUCCAAACCGCCGGCUACCAUUGAGUGGCUGUAGAAAGUGGCUGUAGAAUGAUUGAGGAAUAUUGAGGAGCAAUUGUGUCAUAGCGGUGCCUGUUGUGUGUUUGAGUAGAAUAGACCUGUACUCCUGAUCAUCCCGUUCCAUUUGAGCAAAAUAUACACUUGUAAAUCUACAU